AGACGGCGAGCAGCCUGCGGCUCGUCAUGCUGACUGACACGGCGACGCUGAGCAUGCGCAACGUGCUGCAUCAGAUCUACAUCAAUCUUUGGGUGGAGUAUGGGUUGAAAAGUCGUCAAGAAUCCGCUGUCGCCGGUCGAGCACAAGGGUGGUGUUGGGGUGAGAAAUGAGUUGUUUGAGCUGGGGUUGGAUCAGUUCAUACGGGGAUUGAUAUGAGGGGUCCAUCGCAUCUCAGAAAGGGAUUCAUUUCAGGUUUCUCGAAAGGUUCAAGAUGCUGGGAAAAGGGAGCGAAUUGCGAAUCCCUUCGGAAUCACCGAGACCGAGUGCGAGACAAGGGGAGACACGACGAGCGGCAACUCCCGUUGCAAAACAUACGGAGAGAGCAUCGCAGCACAUCAGAUGCGCCUACGAGACGGCGCCAGACGGUGAGAGCACCGCCUCUGAAGAGAUGAGACCGGGUUACGCCGGUGCACCAAGACGCUGCCGAGGGCUUCCAAGGACAUGCCAGCGGGGUACAGGGAGAUGGAAGGAUAGAUCAGCUUCGGGCGGACGACAGAGAUACCCAAUAUACACCCGGAAGACAAUAUAUGCGCUGAAACCCCACUGUCGUCCAAAUCGCCAUCAUGAUGCUGUACUCUAUCAGGUCCGGAAACUACCGCUGUUCACAAUGCGAGCCAAUCCGGGCCAAAUGUACCCAUAUCCGUUAUGCCAACUCUACCCAGUGGUAUUUGUUCCCCCUCCCUUACAGUACGUGUGAUCAUGCCGUCUUGCUCAGCCGUCAUCUUAGCCCAGACUCCCAAUCCAACCAAGCUCCACCCAUUCAUGACUUGCAGG